AUGGCUACUAGAACCUUGAAGUCCAAGUACGAGUCAUAUGAUGCAGCUUUGUCUCUUCAAAGACAGGUUUUGUGCUACUCCAAGGACACUAAGGAGAUCUACUACACUCCCGACCCCGUCGAGCCAGCUGAGUCUGAGUCUACUCCUGCUUCUGGUGAUGCUCCAGCUGCUGCUGCCCCGGCUGCCGUUGCUGCUGCUCCAGUUGCUGCUGCUGCCGCUGCCGGUCCUGCUGCCAGUGUUGAAGAUACUCCAGUCAAGGCUGUUGAGGUGUUGCACGCUCUGGUUGCCCAAAAGAUUAAGAAGACUUUGGACCAAGUUCCUCUUUCAAAGGCUGUUAAGGAUCUUGUUGGUGGUAAAUCCACUGUUCAGAACGAAAUUCUCGGUGAUUUAGGUAAGGAGUUCGGUUCCACUCCUGAGAAGCCAGAGGAGACUCCUCUUGGUGAACUUGCUGAGCAAUUCCAAGACUCAUUCAGUGGCCAAUUGGGUAAACAAUCAUCUUCUUUGGUUUCUCGUCUUAUUUCGUCAAAGAUGCCUGGUGGUUUCAACAUCACAUCUGCUCGUAAAUACUUGAACACCAGAUGGGGUUUGGGUCCUGGCCGUCAAGACAGUGUUUUCCUUGUCGCCAUUACUCUGGAACCUAAGAACCGUUUGGGUGACGAGGCUGCUGCCAAGGCUUUCUUGGACGAUGUUACUACUAAAUACGCUUCUAUUGCCGGAGUCAACCUCAGUUCUGCCAGUGCUGCUGGUGGAGCUGCUGCUGGCGGUGCUGGUGGUGCUGUUAUUGACUCUGCUGCCUUUGAAGAGCUUACUAAAGAUCAAAGAUACCUUGUUCAACAACAAUUGGAGCUUUUCGCUAGAUACCUCAAGGUGGAUCUUCGUGAUGGUGACAAGGCAUUUGUCGCUCAAAAGGAGGCCACUGCCCUUCUUCAACAAGAACUCGACUUGUGGUACAGUGAGCACGGUGAUUUCUAUGCUUCUGGUAUUAAACCUGUUUUCUCGCCAUUAAAGGCUCGUGUUUACGACUCAUACUGGAACUGGGCUCGUCAAGACUGUCUGACUAUGUUCUACGAUAUCAUUUUUGGCAGAUUAUCUAAUGUGGACCGUGAGAUUGUUUCUCGUUGUAUCAGUAUUAUGAACAGAACCAACCCUACUUUGAUUGAUUUCAUGCAAUACUACAUCGACCACGUUCCUACUGACCGUGGUGCUACUUAUGAGCUUGCACAAGAAUUGGCUCAAAAGCUGUUGCAAAACUGUAAGGAGGCUGUUGAUGCCGACCCUGUUUACAAGGAUGUCAACUACCCCACUGGUCCUAAGACUACUGUCGAUUCUAACGGUAACAUUUCCUAUGCCGAGGUUCCUCGUCCUGCUGUUCGUAAGCUUGAACAAUAUGUUCAGGAUAUGGCUGCUGGUGGUGAGAUGACCAAGGACCCUGCUGCCGGUUCCCACACUCGUGCUGAGUUGGCCAAGAUUUACAAGAGAAUCUCGUCUGCUGCUGAUGGCAAGAGUUCUGGUAAGCUCAAGCUCGAUGCUCUUUACGCUGAUCUUAUCAAGGCCAUUGAUACUGUCGAGGCCGAGUCUUCUCCCAAGAAGGCUCUUGAUACUGUUUCCGCUAAGCACAUGAGAGAAGAGACCAUUCCUUUCUUGCACCUCAAGAAGAAGUCUGGUGAGAUCUGGGAUUUCGACCGUGACUUGUCUGCCACUUAUCUUGACGGUUUGGAGGUCGCUGCUCGUGAUGGUCUUACUUUCGCCAACAAGAACGUUCUUAUCACUGGUGCCGGUGCUGGAUCCAUUGGUGCUGAUAUUCUCCAAGGUUUGAUUUCUGGUGGUGCCAAGGUCGUUGUUACAACUUCAAGAUACUCGCGUGAAGUUACCGAGUACUACCAAAGCAUCUACACCAAGUUCGGUGCUUCUGGUUCCACUCUUAUUGUUGUUCCUUUCAACCAAGCCUCUUCAUCUGAUGUCCGUGCUUUGGUUGAUUACAUCUACAACGAUACCAAGAAGGGCGGUCUUGGAUGGGAUUUGGAUUUCGUCAUUCCAUUUGCUGCUAUUCCUGAGAACGGUAUUGAACUUGAUGGUAUUGACUCCAAGUCUGAGCUUGCUCACAGACUCAUGUUGACCAACUUGCUCCGUCUUCUGGGUAGCAUCAAGUCUCACAAGGCUGCCAACGGUUUUGAGACCCGUCCUGCUCAAGUCAUUCUGCCCAUGUCUCCUAAUCACGGUACAUUUGGUGCUGAUGGUCUUUACUCCGAGUCCAAGUUGUCUCUUGAGACCUUGUUCAACAGAUGGUACUCUGAGUCUUGGAGCUCUUACCUCACUAUCUGUGGUGCUGUUAUUGGCUGGACUCGUGGAACUGGUCUUAUGUCCCAGAACAACAUCAUUGCCGAAGGUGUCGAGAGCUUGGGUGUCCGUACUUUCUCUCAAAAGGAAAUGGCUUUCAACAUUCUUGGUCUUAUGACUCCUACUAUCGUCAACAUCUGCCAACAACAACCUGUUUGGGCUGAUCUUAACGGUGGUUUGCAAUUCGUUGAGAACCUCAAGGAUGUCACUGGUAAGCUUCGUAAGGAGCUUGUCGAUUCUUCUGAGCUGAGAAGAGCUGUUUCUGUUGAAACUGCUAUUGAGCACAAGGUUGUCAACGGUCCUGAUGCCGACUUGCCUUACCAAAAGGCUAUUGUCAAGCCUCGUGCCAACCACAAGUUCGAGUUCCCCAAGCUUAAGAGCUACGAGGAGCUUAGAAAGAUUGCCCCUGAAUUGGAGGGUAUUCUUGAUCUUGAAAAGGUUGUGGUUGCCACCGGUUUCUCUGAAGUUGGUCCUUGGGGUAACUCUCGUACCAGAUGGGAUAUGGAAAUCAAUGGUGCCUUCUCUCUUGAGGGUGCUAUUGAAAUGGCCUGGAUCAUGGGUCUUAUUAAGCACCACAGUGGUCCUUUGAAGGGCAAGCCAUACACUGGUUGGGUUGAUACCAAGACUAACGAGCCUGUUGAUGAUAAGGAUGUCAAGAGCAAGUACGAGUCUUACAUCCUUGAGCACUCUGGUAUCCGUCUCAUUGAGCCCGAGUUGUUCCACGGUUAUGAUCCUUUGAAGAAGCAAUUGUUGCAAGAGAUCAUUGUCGAACACGAUCUUGAGCCUUUCGAGGCUUCUAAGGAGGCUGCCGACCAAUUCAAGCUUGAACAAGGCAACAAGGUCGAGGUAUUUGAAAUCCCCGAGUCUGGUCAAUACACUGUUAGAUUCCUUAAGGGUGCUAAGAUUUACAUCCCCAAGGCUCUCAAGUUUGACCGUCUUGUUGCUGGUCAAAUUCCUACUGGUUGGGACGCUCGUAGAUACGGUAUUGGUGAGGACAUUAUCUCACAAGUCGAUCCUAUCACUUUGUACGUUCUUGUUUCUACUGUUGAGGCCUUGCUCUCUGCUGGUAUUACCGAUCCUUACGAGUUCUACAAGUAUGUCCACUUGUCUGAAGUUGGUAACUGUUCUGGUUCCGGUAUGGGUGGUGUUACUGCUCUCCGUGGUAUGUUCAAGGACAGAUACCUUGAUCGUCCUGUCCAAAACGAUAUUCUUCAGGAGUCUUUCAUCAACACCAUGUCCGCUUGGGUUAACAUGCUGUUGCUCUCUUCUUCUGGUCCUAUCAAGACUCCUGUCGGUGCUUGUGCUACUGCCAUCGAGUCUGUUGACAGUGGUAUUGAGUUGAUUGAGUCUGGUAAGGCCAAGAUUGUUAUCGUCGGUGGUUAUGAUGACUUCCAAGAGGAAGGUUCUCACGAAUUCGGUAACAUGAAUGCUACCAGUAACUCUCUCACCGAGUUCGAACACGGCCGUACUCCUAAGGAGAUGUCCAGACCUAACUCCACUUCUCGUUCUGGUUUCAUGGAGUCUCAAGGUGCUGGUAUUCAAAUCCUUAUGAACGCCAAGCUUGCCAUUGAUAUGGGUGUCCCUAUUUAUGGUAUUGUUGCCUUGACCUCUACUGCUUCUGAUAAGAUUGGCCGUUCUGUCCCUGCUCCUGGUAAGGGUAUUAUGACCACUGCUAGAGAGAACAUCAGUGACCUCAAGUUCCCUUACCGUCUUUUGGAUGUCAAGUACAGAAAGAGACAAAUCGAGUCUCGUAGAGCUCAAAUCAAGCAAUGGACUGAGUCCGAGUUUGAAUACCUUCAAGACGAGUUUGAGGCUAUUAAGGCUACUACUUCGGCUGCCGAUGCUGAGGCUUUCUUCAAGGAGAGAUCUCAACAAAUCGAGAAUGAGGCUCGUCGUCAAGAGAAGGAGGCUCUUGGUACCUGGGGUAACAACUUCUACAAGUCUGAUCCUAGAAUCGCUCCUAUUAGAGGUGCUUUGGCUACUUAUAACCUUACCAUUGAUGAUAUCGGUGUUUCUUCAUUCCACGGUACUUCUACCAAGGCCAACGAUAAGAACGAGUCUGGUGCUAUCAAUGGUAUGCUUAACCACUUGGGCCGUUCCAAGGGUAACCCAGUUUUGGGUGUCUUCCAGAAGUACCUGACUGGUCAUCCCAAGGGUGCUGCUGGUGCUUGGAUGCUCAACGGUGUUAUGCAAAUUCUUAACUCUGGUACUGUCCCUGGUAAUCCUAAUGCCGACAACAUUGACGCUCAAAUGGAAGGUUUCGACAAGAUUGUCUACCCCUCUGUCACUCUUCAAACCUACGGUGUCAAGGCUGCUACUGUUACUUCGUUCGGUUUCGGUCAAAAGGGUGCCAUUGCUGUUGUAAUCCACCCCGAUUACGUCUUGGCCACUUUGAACAAGAAGGCUUAUGAGACCUAUGCUGCCAAGGUUGGAACUCGUUACAACAAGGCUUACAGAUACUUGCACAAUGCUAUCGCCGAGAACUCCAUGUUUGUUAGCAAGAGCAAGGCUCCUUACACUGACGAGCAAGAGAUGUCUGUCUACCUCAACCCCCUUGCUCGUGUUUCUUAUGACAAGAAGUCCGAGUCUCUUAUCUUCAACGCCAAGAAGUUGGAGCAAGCCAACCCUACCCAAUCUUCUGGACACACUGAGGCCGUUCUUAAGCAAUUGGCUGCUAACAGUCUGUCUGGUGGCGCCGGUAAUAUUGGUGUUGAUGUUCAAUCACUUUCUGGCGUUAACGUUGAGAAUGAGACCUUCCUUGAACGCAACUUCACUGAUGCUGAGCGUCAAUACUGUGCCAAGUCUGCCGACCCUCUUUCCUCUUACACUGGUACCUGGAGUGCCAAGGAGGCUGUCUUCAAGAGUCUCGGUGUCAAGAGCCAAGGUGCUGGUGCCUCUCUCAAGUCGAUUGAGGUUCUUCGCGAUGCCAAGGGCGCCCCAGUUGUGACUCUUCAUGGUGAGGCCAAGGCCGCUGCUGAUGCCGCUGGUGUUAAGAAUGUCAAGGUUUCCAUUUCUCACGAUGAGUUCCAAGCUGUUGCUGUUGCUGUGUCUGAGAAAUAA